CAAAGGACUACAACUGGAUAGUCGGAACUCGCAAAACUACGCCCGUUUGAUGCAUUUAUUCCAAAGGAUUUAUUUAAGGGACUUUUACUAGACACCAUGGAAGGCUGUUGAUGGCUAACUCUGCCUUUGGCUAAAACGUAACUCAGGAGAGCAGCAUGAACACAUAGGUUGGGUGUGCAGGGAAAUAACCAACAAUGGCCGCCCAUCGAAUCAGAGCGACAAACAACAACAUUGCACUGCCGCGCUGCAAGUCAGAGGGGACACUCAUUGACCUCAGUGAUGGAGUGUCUGAAUCCAACUGUCUCACAGAUGUCAAAGUGCCUUCUCCCAGUGCCUUAAGACUGGAUGCCACUGCCUCCUUCGGCACUGCCAGGGAAGUCGUUGCUAUUAAGGAUUACUGUCCCUCCAGCUUCACCACCCUCAGGUUCUCCAAGGGAGAACAUCUCUUUGUGCUGGACACAUCGGGUGGAGAGUGGUGGUACGCCCACAAUAGCACUGAGAUGGGUUACAUCCCUGCGACAUACGUCCAGCCCAUCAAUUACCGGGACUCCUCAUUCAGUGACAGCGGUAUGAUCGACAGCCUAGGAGACUGCUCUGUUGAGGAGGGAGCCAAGGAGCUGGACCUCCUUGGAGAUUGGACCGGGGUGAUGCUGAAACCUACUGCCCCCCAAAACGGGAACCCCUUUUCCCCCCAUCACCAGCACCUUAGCCGUAGCUCCACUAACCCUUUCCUCAACGGGGCCCUUCAAGGUUCUUUGGAUCAGAACAGUAAUGAGAACAGUAAGUCAGUGGACCUUCUUCUUUUUGACAACCUAGCCCCCUCUGUCCCACCAAACUCUACCAGCAGUAGCAUCAACAUCAACGGGUUUGGCAGCGGCAUUUUCGAUCUGAAACCCAUCAGCCCCAGUUUGGGAGUGGGCCAGAUGUUACGCAGGGACAACCCAUUCUUCAGGAGCAAGCGAUCCUACAGUCUCUCAGAACUUUCAAUCCUGCAAGCUCAGAAUGACGCCCCUCAGGCAUCCUCAGGUUUUUUUGGAGGCCUGAAAGCCCCUGCACCUGAACAGUUCCAGAGCAGAGAGGACUUCCGGGCGGCGUGGCUCAAUCACCGCAAGCUAGCCAGGUCCUGCCAUGACCUGGACUCCUUGGGUCAGAACCCAGGCUGGGGACAAACACAGCCAGUGGAGACCAACAUUGUGUGCCGUUUAGACAGUUCUGGAGGGGCCGUCCAGCUUCCGGACACCAGCAUCAGCAUCCACAUCCCGGAGGGCCAUGUGGCCCCUGGAGACUCCCAGCAGAUCUCCAUGAAGGCCCUGCUGGAUCCACCGCUGGAGCUCAACAACGACCGAACAACGACCGUAAGCCCUGUGGUGGAGAUCAAGCUCGGCAACAUGGAGACCAAAACCACAGUCACCCUUGAGAUGAAGGUGUCCGUUUUGGUGAAGAAGGAGAGCAGGCAAACGACAAAGGUCAUAUGUGUGAGGAGUGACUGCAAGGAGGGGCCCUACACACCAAUCCCCCAAGCCUAUAUGUAUGGGGACACCAUCCAGGUCUGUCUGGAUAACCUUGAGCCCUGCAUGUAUGUGUCUGUUGUGGCCCAGGCCCAGUCAGUUGCUCCAGAAACCACUGUUUGGGACAACGUGGUGAAGAAGGUCACCCUGGGUGUCUAUGGUCCAAAGCACAUUCACCCAUCCUUUAAGGCUGUGGUGGCCAUCUUCGGCCAUGACUGUGCCCCAAAAACAUUACUGGUGAGUGAAGUAGGGAAGCAGGCCCACGCCACCCCUCCAGUGGCUCUUCAGCUCUGGGGGAAGCACCAGUUUGUCCUGGCAAGGCCCCAGGACCUUCGGGUUGGUGUUUACUCCAACAUGGCCAACUAUGAGGUAAAGGCCAGUGAGCAGGCCAGGGUGGUUAGGGGUUUCCAGGUCAAACUGGGAAAGGUUAGCCGGAUAGUCUAUGUGAUCGCCUCACGCACUGCUGAUGAUGUCUCAGAUUUCACAUUACGCGUCCAGGUCAAGGAUGACCAAGACUGUAUUCUCGCCCAGUUUUGUGUUCAAACUCCAACACCUCCACCCAAGACCGGUCCACAAACAUCUGUGCAGAGGCGCUUCCUGAAGAAGAAGGAACUAGGGAAAAUUGUCUUGUCCCCUUUGGCCAUCACUACCAAAUACCCUGUGUUCCACGACCGACGAAUCCGCAACCUGAAGUUUGGCAAGUUGAUCAAAACAGUCAUCCGUCAGACCAAGAACCAAUACUUACUGGAGUACAAAAAGGGGGAUUACUUUGCCCUUCUGAGCGAAGAGAAAAUCAAAUUGAAGGGACAGUUGUGGACUAAGGAAUGGUACAUCUGUUACUAUCAGGGUAGAACAGGGCUUGUACAUGCAAAAAAUGUUCUGUUGGUGGGGAAAGUAAAACCCAUUUACUUCAGUGGGGCUGAACUAACCACUACACUCUUACUGGAUCAGAUCCUGAAGCCCUGCAAGUUCUUGACGUACAUCUAUGCCUCUGUGAGGACUAUACUGAUGGAGAACGUAGGAAGCUGGAGGGCGUUUGCUGAUGCCCUGGGUUACGUUAACCUACCUCUCUCACACUUCUGCCGUGCAGAGCUGGACAGCGAGCCUGAGAGGGUGGCGUCUGUUCUGGAGAAGCUGAAAGAGGACUGCAAUAAUACAGAGGGCAAGGCGAGGAAAUCCUUCCAGAAGGAACUCAUGACAGCGUUGCUGAAGAUGGACUGCCAGGGCCUGGUGGCCAGGCUGGUGAUGGACUUUGUCCUGCUGACCACGGCGGUGGAGGUGGCUGGGCGGUGGAGGGAACUGGCUGAGAGGCUAUCCAAAGUGUCCCGUCUGCAGCUGGAUGCAUACGAGGGACCGCACAGAGACAGGAACGGAGUGGUGGACAAUGAGGCCAUGUGGAAGCCAGCCUAUGACUUCCUAUUGACGUGGGCGGCCCAGAUUGGGGACAGCUACCGGGACGUGAUCCAGGAGCUCCACAUGGGCCUGGACAAGAUGAAGAGCCCCAUCACCAAGCGUUGGAAACACCUGACGGGAACGCUCAUCCUCGUCAACUGCCUGGAUACGCUCUGGAGCUCAGCCUUCAGCCCCGCCUCUCAGGACGACUGUGCCAUAUAGACCAAACUGACCAUAAUCAUCGUCAUCAUCACUCAUAGGGUGCAGCUUGUCUCCUUCCCUUAUAUCUCCGCUAAUUGGAAAGCAAUUUAUUUCCCACCCGUAUAGAUGCUAGAUAGAAGAGGAUGAACAUUUGGACUGUUGAUAUAGACUCCGCCUCCUGCUGUCCUUCCUAUGUCCAUCACCAUCCUAUCCCCACCCCUGACCUGACCCCUAACCCCACCCCUGACCCUACCCUUGUGGAUCAUUUUUGCAUAUCUUCCUAUGCUCCACAACCUUAUUCCCUGUUUGUAUUGAAGAUUCUGAACAACAGCUGUCUGGUCCCUCUGAGUCCUGCUUCCUCCGAAUCUGCCUUUAGUCCUCAUGGGGGUGAGGGGCUGGACUGCUAGACUGGUCCCCCUCACCCCUAGGAGGACUAGACUCCCCCUCACCCCUAGGAGGACUAGACUCCCCCUCACCCCUAGGAGGACUAGACUCCCCCUCACCCCUAGGAGGACUAGACUCCCCCUCACCCCUAGGAGGACUAGACUCCCCCUCACCCCUAGGAGGACUAGACUCCCCCUCACCCCUAGGAGAACUAGACUCCCCCUCACCUCCAAGAGGACUAGACUCCCCCUCACCCCUAGGGGGACUAGACUCCCCCUCACCUCCAGGAGGAUUAGACUCCCCCUCACCCCUAGGAGGACUAGACACUCCUCACCUCCAGGAGGACUAGACUCCCCCUCACCCCUAGGAGGACUAGACUCCCCCUCACCCCUAGGAGGACUAGACUCCCCCUCACCCCUAGGAGGACUAGACUCCCCCUCACCCCUAGGAGGACUAGACUCCCCCUCACCCCUAGGAGGACUAGACUCCCCCUCACCUCCAGGAGGACUAGACUCCCCCUCACCUCCAGGAGGACUAGACUCCCCCUCACCCCUAGGAGGACUAGACUCCCCCUCACCCCUAGGAGGACUAGACUCCCCCUCACCCCUAGGAGGACUAGACUCCCGCUCACCCCUAGGAGGACUAGACUCCCCCUCACCUCCAGGAGGAUUAGACUCCCCCUCACCCCUAGGAGGACUAGACACUCCUCACCUCCAGGAGGACUAGACUCCCCCUCACCCCUAGGAGGACUAGACUCCCCCUCACCCCUAGGAGGACUAGACUCCCCCUCACCCCUAGGAGGACUAGACUCCCCCUCACCCCUAGGAGGACUAGACUCCCCCUCACCCCUAGGAGGACUAGACUCCCCCUCACCCCUAGGAGGACUAGACUCCCCCUCACCUCCAGGAGGACUAGACUCCCCCUCACCCCUAGGAGGACUAGACUCCCCCUCACCUCCAGGAGGAUUAGACUCCCCCUCACCCCUAGGAGGACUAGACUACUCCUCACCUCCAGGAGGACUAGACUCCCCCUCACCCCUAGGAGGACUAGACUCCCCCUCACCCCUAGGAGGACUAGACUCCCCUUCACCCCUAGGAGGACUAGACUCCCCCUCACCCCUAGGAGGACUAGACUCCCCCUCACCCCUAGGAAGACUCCCCCUCACCUCCAGGAGGACUAGACCCCCCCUCACCCCUAGGAGGACUAGACUCCCCCUCACCCCUAGGAGGACUAGACUCCCCCUCACCCCUAGGAGGACUAGACUCCCCCUCACCCCUAGGAGGACUAGACUCCCCCUCACCCCUAGGAGGACUAGACUCCCCCUCACCCCUAGGAGGACUAGACUCCCCCUCACCCCUAGGAGGACUAGACUCCCCCUCACCCCUAGGAGGACUAGACUCCCCCUCACUUCUAGGAGGACUAGACUCCCCUUCACCUCCAGGAGGACUAGACUGCUAGUCCUCAACCACCCAUCUUUGUAUAGCCACCAGCCAAACUACACAAUGCUACAGUCUCAGUAUUCACAAAGACUAUUUUAAUCUUCAUUGUCUGGCAUAGUAUGUAUUUUUUUACUCUAAAUAUGGCACAGCAUUUUUAAAGACACUUUGACACCUUUCGUUCAUAACUGUGGACUCGAUCCAGUGCUAAGACAAACUUUUUAAAUGGUAUCCUUGUUCUCUAGCCUUGUCACGUGUGUCAAACGAGCUAAAUAUAAUGUGUUUAUUUAUAAAGCUUUGGAGUUGUUCAGAAGAAAGCGCUAUCUUAUUGUUUCCUCCUACUGUAGUCCGUUUUAUUUCAACUACUUUGUUAGUGAACAUAUUUCUAAGGACCGAGUUAAUAACUGCAUAACUCACAGAUUAACUUUGUUCUUUCAUUUAAAUUCAUCUCUCACCGCUUUAUCACCUCUCUAACUAUCUUUUCAAAUUAAACCAUAUGGCCUGCAGUUAUUUAUAUACUAGACUUAGUGAAUAUAUUGUACCGAAGCUUGUCAGCAGUUAAUAUGACUCUACAUAUAACUACAUAUAUGCCUCAUUCAAUAUCCAACCACUGUUACAAUGCCAACUGUUAAAGAUUCUGGGUAUGUUUUGUCCCCUGUAUGUGUUGUUCAUACACAUUUCACAUGUGUUGUUCAUACACAUUUCACAUCUGUUUUGUGACUGCAUACUUUUGUGGAGAAUAUAAAUAAAAUGUGAAUAUUUUUACGCAA